AAUCCGUAAGUUAUUCCUUGUUAAUUACUUUUAACAUUUCAUAAUCAUACUCUUUUUUCCGUUAAACUUUACUUACAGAUUAUUCAAUAACACCGGCGUAUUACAAAUGUAUAAACAACACGUUUUUUUGUUAUUUUUAUUUUGACAUAUCACAUGGUGAUGGUUCGAAUCAAAAAUAAUCCAUGUCGGAUCGAGCGUUCUUCGGGUAUAAAAAAAAAACGAGUGACGUCACAAUCGUGUAGUUCAUUUCGCCUUGUUUUGGUUGUACCUCUAAAGCCAGAACAAAGCGAGAACAAGGCCAAAAUUUUGUAUGAGAGUCUCUCUCAAAUUGCCCACAGGGCAAUUUAAAAACAAUUACAGUGAGAGUGAAGUGAGUGCAGUACCAGUGUGUUUGGAACAAUUAGAUCAGCAUAGAGAUGAUUUCUUGUCCGCGUUGUCGAAAUUAGAGGAAUUAGAAGAGUCUCCGGAAGCGUUAGAAACAUUGCUGCAAGAACGAUGUGAUAUGGACAGUGUAUAUUGCAGAGUGAAAGGGUUUCUGUUACAAAAACUACCAAGUGAAGCCAAUCCUCUUAACGCGUCGAUCAUGCAGGCAAAUUCAACUCUAAAUACAACGGGAAAUUUAGGUUCGAUUAAUAUUCGGCUACCGAAAAUUGGUCUCCCAACGUUCGACGGUGACUCAACUAAGUGGCUCACGUUUCGUGAUCGGUUCGUGGCAAUGAUUGACUCUUCAGCAGACAUUCCAGCGAUUUUAAAAUUGCAAUAUCUGCUGUCAUCAUUGAAGAGUGAUGCCGCACUGCUGUGCGAACAUACGACGUUGACUGCGGACAAUUACGCGACCACUUGGGCCGCGUUAUUAAAGAGGUACGACAAUCCGCGGAUGUUAGUUCGGGAUUACUAUCGGAAAAUCUACCACCUUCCUGCUGUGUAGUCCGAGUCGGUUGAUGAGUUGGCGCAGUUGGUGGACGAGUUCACGCGCCACGUAAACGGACUAAAGAAGCUGCAGGAGCCGGUUGAUACUUGGGACACACCGCUGACAACGAUGAUGUUUUUCAAAUUGGCCCCCUCAACCAUCCUGGCUUGGGGGAAGCACUCAUCAGGGAGACAACGAGAUAAGUAUUCGGAGCUAAUAGAUUUUCUUCAGGAUAGAAUCCGAAUUUUACGGUCGACACAGACGUUAACCAAGGUCGCUGAAACUGUUCCUACAACGGUGGCUGGCGGAGAGAGAAAAUCUGGAAGGGUGAAAUAUGUCGCGAAUACCGUAUCAACGCGGAAGCCUGCUAGCACCUAUCUUCAAGUGUCAUGCCCGUUAGAGUGUGCUGAGCCGCACAACCUUCGAAGCUGUCCGAAAUUUCAGAAAGGAGACGUUAAAUUCCGGCGUGAGGUGAUAGCAAGGCAGAAGCUAUGCUUCAACUGUUUAAAUCCGAACCAUCAGGUUAAAUCGUGCCAUUCCGUCUUCCGUUGUAACAAGUGUAACGGACGUCAUCAUAGCUUGUUGCACGACAAUUCACCUUCCCAGGUGUCCAUGAACGUGGGAUCGAACAACGAGUUGGUGUUUCUGGAGACGGUCAUGCUGUGGCUAGUCGAUGACCAUGGUAUUUGGCAUGAGGCGCGAGCAUUAUUGGAUUCAGGAUCGAUGUGCAAUAUUGUAUCCGAAUCAUUUGCACGGAAGCUGUUGACCACGCGGUUAAAGGUCAAUAUUGCAUUGUCUGGUAUCGGCGGUGCAGUAAAUCAAGCCAAAGAUUCCAUCAUCGCCACUGUUCAGUCGAAAUCAGCAUCAUUUUCGUCACCGAUGGAGUUCGUGAUUUUGAAGUCACCCUGUGUUCGAAUUCCAACUGCCCUAAUCGAUGUUACUUCAUGGAGUUUCCCUAACGUUCCGCUGGCUGAUCCGACGUUUCACAUGCCGUCCAACGUCGAUGUAGUCAUCGGCAGUGAUGCGUAUUGGGAAUUGCAUACUGGGAAGAAGCGACUAUUGGUCAAAGGCGGUCCUUGGUUGGUUGAGACUCCAUUUGGGUGGACAGUUGCGGGAAACACUUCGCACAAUUUGGGCUCCACGCAGGUAUCGUGCAACUCAACUACCAGCUACAAGUCACUUGAUGCAUUACUACAACGAUUCUGGGAAAACGAAUGCAAUCUGGAUGGACCCGCUCUGUCGCUAGAAGAAGACGCUUGUGAGAAGCAUUACGUUGCGACUACAACACGUGAUGACCAUGGACGGUAUAUUGUAUGCCUGCCUCGCAAUCCCAGUGCAGAUGUAGUGUUGGGCUCAUCAAAGGAAAUUGCUGAUCGACGCUUGCUUGGUGUGGAACGACGCUUGAGUAAUAACCCUGAAAUGGAGGCAAAAUAUAAACGGUUCAUGCACGAAUAUGAGGAACUUGGUCACAUGCGUAAACUUACCGAACUGGUGGACGAUAGUAUACCGCAUUGUUAUAUUCCUCACCAUGCGGUGGUGAAGGAAUCAAGUACAUCCACCAAGGUACGGGUCGUGUUUGAUGCGUCCUGUAAAACGUCUUCGGGAUACUCCCUUAACGACACAUUACUAGUGGGUCCAAUUGUACAAGAGGAUCUGCUUACGAUUAUUUUGCGCUUUAGGACGUAUGCAAUCGCGAUAGUGGCUGAUGUUGAAAAGAUGUACAGGCAGAUUCUCCAAAGCAUCCCCGAUCGGAAUCUGUUGCGCAUCAGGUAUCGAAAGAGCACACUGGAACCGAUAUCAACCUACGAGCUGAACACCGUUACUUACGGUACGGCGUCAGCCCCAUUCCUAGCUACUCGAACCAUACACCAGGUUGCUCACGAUUACAAAAACGAAUAUCCGAUGGCCGUUGAUCGCGUUUUACAUGACUUUUACGUCGAUGACCUGCUGACCGGAGCGACAGACCUAACCCAAGCGAUAGAAGUGCGAAAACAAAUCACGGCAAUGCUUAAUUCAGCUGGCUUCGUACUAAAGAAAUGGGCAUCAAACGUUCCGGAAUCGCUACUGGAUGUAGCACGAGAAGAUCUUGCGAUUCAAUCGAUGCACGAGUGGAAGGAUGGUCAGGCAGUUUCAACGUUAGGGCUGGUUUGGGAACCCGUCAACGAUUCGUUCUUCUUCAAGGUUGACCUUCCACAACCAGCAGAAGUGUUAACGAGAAGCCUUGUUUUGUCCUACACGGCAAGCAUUUUCGACCCACUUGGUUUGUUGGGUCCGACAAUCAUCAUCGCUAAGAUGUUUCUCCAACGGCUAUGGAGUUUAAAGGAAGGAGGAAAGGCUUGGGAUUGGGAUCGCGCACUACCAGGCGAGCUUCAACAAGAGUGGAGGAGCUUCCAUUCAACGUUAUAUUCGCUACGCGAAUUAAGAGUGCCGCGAUUUGUUUCCCAACCGAAAACGCCCAGCUUACAAUUGCACAUAUUCGCUGAUGCCUCUCAAAGUGCAUAUGGUGCAUGCUGGUAUGUGCGAGCGGAAUCAAAGGUUACGGUACAAUUGAUGGCGGCGAAAUCUAAAGUCGUGUCACUGUCGAACACACAUUCGAUCGCUAGGCUGGAACUAGCUCAACAGGAUUCGUUCGCGGAAGAGCUAGCCGUCCUAGCGAAAGAGAAGAAGGUUUCCGGAAAGUCACGAUUGAAGUGGUUGUCACCAUAUAUCGACCAUGCUGGGACGUUACGCCCGACCGCCACUAGCCAGGGUCUCCAGGCAUUUGUGAAGGAGCAAAUCGGCAUCGAAGAUGUCACUGCCAUCAAACUAGUGCCUGCUGUUCGAGACCUCAGCACUCUAACUUUCACUUCGUUCAAAGUUGGUAUGUCGACUGAGCACCGGGAAAAAGCACUGUCUCGUUCUUCUUGGCCGAUUGGGACAAUCUUUAAGGAAUUUACCGACCGUCGCAAGGCAUCUAAAGCCGCAAUAAAAACACCUAUAAACCGGUUCCCGAUCACUGCAACUGAACCCAGCAUAAACAACAACAUCACCGUUCCUGUUACAACCAUCGAUACCAUCUGUAACGAUCACACUCCUACGGAUAAUAGCCCACGUCCUGCGACACCACCACCAUCACAGCAACAUCAGUAG